AUGGGUUCCAUUCAAGUCGACCAAUUCAGAGGCUGUGGCCAAAUAUCCGUCCCUUUCCUUGCACGGACAAAGACAAUCGGCGGCAGCGGCGAAGAACUCGCCCUCGACACCAGAAGCUUAUGGCCCAACGGCUCCGUCCUUACCGUGAGGAUCUUCGGAGCAUCACCCUUCGUCGCCUCCAAAAUCCAACAAUUCGCCAACGUUUGGUCCGAAUUCGCCAACCUGACCUUCAACUUCGUAAACUCAGGCGACGCCGACAUUCGCGUAUUCGUCACACCUGGCGGUUCUUGGUCAUACAUUGGCACCGGCUCUAAGGGGGUCGCUCAGAACGAACCUACCAUGAACUUUGGAUGGUUUGAUGACACAACCGCGGAUGAAGAGUUCAGUCGUGUGAUCAUUCAUGAGUUCGGUCAUGCAAUUGGAUGUAUCCAUGAGCAGAGCAGUCCGGUUGCUCACAUCCCUUGGAACAAGGAUGUCGUGUAUGCGUAUUAUCUCAAGAGUAAUGGAUGGGACCAGGCGAUGGUCGAUUCCAAUGUUUUUGCGGUUGCUGAUCAGGCAAAUACGAUUGAGACCGCUUUUGAUAGAACUUCCAUCAUGGAAUACCCUUACUCCCCAGAAUGGACCACUGAUGGCUCGUCCGCCGGCUGGAACCGCGUCCUCAGCGACCAAGACAAAACCUUCAUCAUGCAGCGGUAUCCCCGCAGUGGCCCCGUCCGCACAACCAACGACGGCGUCUAUCUCGUCAAUUGCUUCAAGGAUAAUCAAGUCAGUAGCGGGAUCGCGUACUAUUCGUUUUUGGGGAACAACGAUGGGAAGCAGCCGACGGCUUAUAUCGAUGUUGCGAAGGGGAUGAAUAUUCUGUGGGAGGGUACUCCUGGGUCUGCAACUUUCCCCGAUGGCAAUAAAGUCAGCUGGAGCAUUGUUGCCAAUGGGAACUCUUUGCCCACAUAUUCUCGUGUCGGCACGGCAAGCAACCUGCAGGAACACUGGAAUGUGUACAAGGACAAUUACAGAGUAUUGUACGAGGUCGACGGCUGGAAGUGUUAUUGUGUUUAUUGGUGCUUUUAG